CUGAAUGCCGUCCUCAAGUCAGAGAAAGACACAGAGACUUUAAUUGUAACACAAAGGUUCUUACGCACAGGACCUGACCACAGAUCAGACCCAGAGAGACUGGGACCACUGGGCUGUCCUGUACCUGGCUCAGAGUAUUUACUUUAUGGUAACCCAAGCCUUAGGAUGGUUCAUUCCCAUCUGGACUCAGGUGACGCGUUAGAGACUGGCAAUGAUCUGUCAUGUUCUUACACUACAGAGAUGGACCCUGGCAACAUGCCCUUGGGUUUAGAGACACAGACUGAUCUGUCUAGAGGGGACUGGAACCGGUACAGUAGUAGUGUGUACUCUGAAGGCUGCCUAGAUAAGAAAGGGGAGGUUAUAGUCGAUGAGAGGACUGUCAAAGUGAAGGGCGAGGCUCCUCUGACAUGGAAUGUAGACGAGACUCGCUUAGGAGAUGGACACUCACAGGGCAGAGAUUUCUUAGAUUACAGGGAAAUCUUAGAGACAAAUCCAAAUAUCGCGACCCACUCCCCUUUACACACGUUCAGGGAGCGUGACCCAGUGUCCAUGUUGAUGGGGCCUUUCGAUUCACAGAGCCGGGACCUUUUCGAACAGGUUUUGAACUCAAAUGACCAAAGGGCCAAGGUUUUGGGAGGUGGAACAAAAUCAGGCGAUAGUAAAGAGAAGCAGUUCCUCUGCAUGUUCUGUAACGAAGGCUUCAAUUGCCCACAGAAGGUAGAGAUCCACCAGAGGGUCCACAUAGGGGUGAAACCCUUCAGCUGUACCCAGUGUCAUAUGCACUUUGCUGAGGCUGGCAACCUGAAGAGGCACCAGAGGGUCCACACAGGGGAGAAACCCUUCAGCUGUGUCCAGUGUCACAUGCGCUUCACCCAGGCUGGUGACCUGAAGAGGCACCAGAGGGUCCACACAGGGGAGAAACCCUUCAGCUGUACCCAGUGUCACAUGCGCUUCACCCAGGCUGGCAACCUAAAGAUGCACCUGAAGGUCCACACAGGAGAAAGGCCAUUUGCCUGUACGCACUGUGUGAAAAGGUUCUCAGAGAGGAGAUGCCUUAGGAUACACCAGCUGAAAAAACAUUCCACUCUAUAACAUAGAAAGUAACUAUUCCACUCGAUAGCCUCUGACACUUAGAUCUAACCCUGCAUUAUAGACAAAAAUACAUUUUCAUUAAUGUCAGCAGAUGCGUUUAGAGUAACGAGAGUAACAUAUUUCAGUGUUGAAUAUUCCUGUGUAAAUAUUACAUCCAGGCAUUGUGUGAUACAAUGCAUAUGGAAAGUAUUCAGACCCCUUGACUUCUUCCACAUUUUGUUACUCUACAGCCUUAUUCUAAAAUGGAUUAAAUAUAUUUUUUUCCUCAUCAAUCUACACAGAAUACCCCAUAAUGACAAAGCAAAAAUAGUUUUUUUGACUAAAUUUAUAAAAAAUAAACUGAAAUAUCACAUUUACAUAAGUAUUCAGAUCCUUUACUCAGUUCUUUGUCUAAAGCACCUUUGGCUGCGAUUACAUCCUUGAGUCUUCCUGGAUAUGACGCUACAAGCUUGGCACACCUGUAUUUGGGGAGAUUCUUCCAUUCUUCUUUACAGAUCCUCAAGUGCUGUAAGGUUGGAUUGGAGUGUCGCUGCACAGCUAUUUUCAGGUCUCUCCAGGGAUGUUCAAUUGGGUUCAAGUCUGGGCUCUGGUUGGGUUGCUCAAGGACAUUCAGAGACUUGUCCCAAAGACACUCUUGGCUGUGUCCUUAGGGUUAUUGUCCUGUUGGAAGGUGAACCUUUGCCCCAGUCUGAGGACCUGAGCACUCUGGAGCAGGUUUUCAUCAAGAAUCUCUCUGUACUUUGCUCCGUUCAUCUUUCCCUCAAUCCUGACUAGUCUCCCAGUCCCUGCCUGCCGCUGAAAAACAUCCCCACAGCAUGAUGCUUCCACCACCAUGCUUCACAGUAGGGAUUGUGAAAGGUUUCCUCCAGACGUGACACUUGGCAUUCAGGCCAAAGAGUUCAAUCUUGGUUUCAUCAGACCAGAGAAUCUUGUUUCUCAUGGCCAGAGUCCUUUAGCUGCCCCUUGGCAAACUCGAAGGGAGCUGUCAUGUGCCUUUUACUAAGGAGUGGCUUCAGUCUGGCCACUCUACUAUAAAAGCCUGAUUGGUGGAGUGCUGCGGAGAUGGUUGUCCUUCUGGAAGUUUCUCCCACCUCCACAGAGGAACUCUGCUGCUCUGUCACAGCGACCAUCGGGUUCUUGGUCACCUCCCUGACCAAGGCCCUUCUCCCCCGAUUACUCAAUUUGGCCGGGUGGCCAGCUUUAGGAAGAGUCAGUAUUUCCGGCACCGACAGAGAUGGCAGCCUCGCUUCGUGUUCCUAGGAAACUAUGCAGUUUUUUGUUUUUUUACGUGUUAUUUCUUACAUUAGUACCCCAGGUCAUCUUUGGUUUCAUUACAUACAGUCGAGAAGAACUACUGAAUAUAAGAGCAGCGUCAACUCACCAUCAGUACGACCAAGAAUAUGACUUUCGCGAAGCGGAUCCUGUGUUCUGCCUUUCACCCAGGACAACGGAAUGGAUCCCAGACGGCGACCCAAAUAAACAACUUCGUAAAAGAGGGAAACGAAGCAGUCUUCUGGUCAGACUCCGGAGACGGGCACAUCGUGCACCACUCCCUAGUAUACUUCUCGCCAAUGUCCAGUCUCUUGACAACAAGGUUGAUGAAAUCCAAGCACGGGUAGCAUUCCAGAGGGACAUCAGAAACUGUAACGUUCUUUGCUUCAUGGCUCACUGGAGAGACGCUAUCGGAGUCGGUGCAGCCAGCUGGUUUCUCCACGCAUCGCGCCGACAGAAACAAACAUCUUUCUGGUAAGAAGAGGGGCAGGGGCAUAUGCCUUAUGGCUAACGAGACGUGGUGUGGCCACAACAACAUAGAGGAACUCAAGUCCUUCUGUUCACCUGAUUUAGAAUUCCUCACCAUCAAAUGUCGACCGCAUUAUCUACCAAGGGAAUUCUCUUCGAUUAUAAUCACAGCCGUAUAUAUUCCCCCCCAAGCAGACACAUCGAUGGCUCUGAAGGAACUUUAUUUGACUCUUUGCAAACUGGAAUCCAUACAUCCUGAGGCUGCAUUCAUUGCUGGGGAUUUUAACAAGGCUAAUCUGAAAACAAGACUCCCUAAAUUGUAUCAGCAUAUCGAUUGCACAACCAGGGCUGGCAAAACCUUGGAUCAUUGCUAUUCUAACUUCCGCGACGCAUAUAAGGCCCUGCCCCGCCCUCCUUUCGAGAAAAGCUGACCACGACUCCAUUCUGUUGAUCCCUGCCUACAGACAGAAACUAAAACAAGAAGCUCCCACGCUGAGGUCUGUCCAACGCUGGUCCGACCAAUCUGAUUCCACACUCCAAGACUGCUUCCAUCACGUGGACUGGGAUAUGUUUCGUAUUGCGUCAGACAACAACAUUGACGAAUACGCUGAUUCGGUGUGCGAGUUCAUUAGAACGUGCGUUGAAGAUGUCGUUCCCAUAGCAACGAUUAAAAUAUUCCCAAACCAGAAACCGUGGAUUGAUGGCAGCAUUUGCGUGAAACUGAAAGCGCGAACCACUGCUUUUAAUCAGGGCAAGGUGACCGGAAACAUGACCGAAUACAAACAGUGUAGCUAUUCCCUCCACAAGGCAAUCAAACAAGCUAAGCGUCAGUAUAGAGACAAAGUAGAAUCUCAAUUCAACGGCUCAGACACAAGAGGUAUGUGGCAGGGUCUACAGUCAAUCACGGAUUACAAAAAGAAAACCAGCCCCGUCACGGACCAGGAUGUCUUGCUCCCAGGUAGACUAAAUAACUUUUUUGCCUGCUUUGAGGACAUUACAGUGCCACUGACACGGCCUGCAACCAAAACAUGUGGCCUCUCCUUCACUGCAGCCGAGGUGAGUAAAACAUUUAAAUGUGUUAACCCUCGCAAGGCUGCAGGCCCAGACGGCAUCCCCAGCCGCGCCCUCAGAGCAUGCGCA